AUGGCGACAAACUUCAAUGCCCCAAAACUUUUGAUUUAUGACUCAUUAAAGCUCGUGUACCUAGGUUGCAAUGACCAGUUCAAGGUCAAGGGUGUGGUUUUUAUGUUGAGAGGUGGGGCCUUGAAUUGGUGGGAUUCAGUAGUAGCGGUAGAAGACCAUGCUAAUAUGCUGAUUACUUGGGCGAGGUUCAAGGACUUGUUGUAUGAUUACUACUUUCCGAAGACCAUGAAGGACGUAAAGGAGGUGGAGUUCCUCCUUCUCACCCAAGGCUCUAUGACGGUAGUGGAAUAUGAAAAGAAGUUCACGGAACUCUCUCGUUUUGCACCGAACAUAAUUCACACUGAGGCCUUAAAAAUCAAAAGGUUUGUUAAGGGGUUGUGCAAGGGAAUCAAAGGACCAGUUGACCUUCAGCGUCCAGCCACGUACGCGGAGGCAGUUAAGGGCGACUUGAUUAUGGAUAAGGAUGUCUUUACUAAGGCCCAACUUUCACAGGAGGUUAUGUCCUUACUCUUACCUUAUCUUUCAAGUAUUGUCUUAGUACAUAAUGUGCCUGCUUAUGCAUUGUUUGAUUCGGGGUCAAGUCACACUUUUAUUUCCACUGCGUUUGUUCAUCAAGCAAAUCUGGUACUAGAACCAUUAGGUUUUCUGUUGUCAGUAUCUACUCCAUCGGGUUCAGAUAUGAGUACCAGUCAAAUGGUGAGGGAGGGCAAGUUAUCCCUCCACGAUCAUACCCUAGGGGCAAGGUUGAUCCAACUGGACAUGCAGGAUUUUGACAUCAUUUUAGGCAUGGAUUGGCUAGCUACCAAUCAAGCCAGCAUUAAUUGGUUAAGGAGGGAAGUCUCCUUCCAACUGCCUUCUGGCCAGAGAUUUACGUUUAAGGGAGUUACUGGGGAAGUUCCGAAGGUAGUUUCUGCACUUAAAGCCAGGCAACUCUUGCAGCAUGGUGCUUGGGGCUACUUGGUAAGUGUCGUAGACACUAGUAAGGGUACACCCAGCGUUGACUCCGUUCUUGUGGCCAAUGAAUUCCCCGACGUGUUUCCUGAAGACCUUCCAGGACUGCCCCCAGUUCGUGAGUUGGACUUUUACAUUGAUUUGGCACCUGGUACGACCCCUAUCUCGAGGGCACCUUACCGUAUGGCCCCAGCGGAACUUAAGGAGCUCAAGGUACAACUGGAAGAGUUAUUAGACAAGGGCUUCAUUUGCCCAAGUGUGUCUCCUUGGGGUGCCCUAGUGCUUUUUGUGAAAAAGAAGGAUGGAUCUAUGCGAAUUUGUGUCGACUAUCAGGAAUUGAAUAAGGUGACCAUAAAGAAUAGGUACCCCCUCCCUCGCAUUGAUGACCUCUUUGAUCAACUCAAAGGAGCAAGGGUGUUCUCGAAGAUAGACCUAAGACCGGGGUACCAUCAGUUGAGGAUCAAGGAAGCUGACAUAUCGAAGAUAGCCUUUAGGACCCGGUAUGGGCACUACGAGUUUACGGUGAUGUCCUUUGGGCUCACUAAUGCCCCUGCGGCAUUCAUGGAUCUCAUGAAUCGGGUUUUUAAUGACUUCUUGGACUUGUUUGUGAUCGUGUUCAUUGAUGACAUCUUGAUUUACUCCAAGACAGCUGAGCAGCACGAGGGGCAUCUAAGGCAAGUUUUGACCGCUUUGAGAGGGAACAAACUGUUUGCAAAGUUCUCGAAAUGCGAGUUUUGGUUAGAUAAGAUGGCUUUCCUUGGCCACAUAGUCACUAGAGAGGGUAUUGUUGUGGAUCCAGCGAAGGUAGAGGCAGUAACCCAAAGAUGUGUCACUUUUGGUUCCAAUCAUGGCGUGAAACUUCAUUGCCCGAAAACUUUUGGUUUAGCACUCAUUAAAACUCGAGGAACCUAA